AUGUCGAAUAGUUCCUCGUUAAAUUAUACUAAGAAAAUAGAAGAAAUCAACAGAUUUAUCAAAAGUUUCAAUGCCAAAAUUUUUUUUCUUGAGAUAUUUAUUGUUUUAUUUGGUUUACUUGGAAAUAUUCUUGUAUUAAUUGUUAUUAAUAGAAGAUCUUUAAAAAACACAUCAUCUUCUGUAUUUAUAACCUAUUUGGCAAUAUUUGAUAUUUCUGUUCUUCUUUCACAUGGUAUUAAUUUAGCAAGAUUUAGUGAAACUGCUGUCUUCGAAUGUUCAUUAUAUUUUUUCACAGAUUUAUCAACAUUCUGCGCGAAUUGGGUUCUUGUAAUAAUAACAAUAGAACGUUGCGUAGUUGUUUAUUCGCCAUUUUACGCGAAACGUCUCUGUACUGUAAGCUCAGCUCGUCGUGCUAUUUAUAUUUUUUUCGGAUUGUCCGUCAUCGCUUUUUCGAUAAAUUUUUCAAUAUUUUAUGACUUAAAGGCCGCUUUUAAAAAUAACACAUGUAGAAUACGGAAAAACUUCGGAUUGUCUCAUCGGUUGUAUCAAUCACUAUUAUUUUAUAUUGUACCAGCUCUAUUUCUUCUACCUAAUAUAUUUACUAUUUAUGCCUUAUGUCGACGAACGCACAAACUUUCAGAAGCAUCUUUAAAGAAUGAUCGAAACUUAGAUAUGCGUAUAAGUGACGUUAAUUCAAAUAAAAAACAAAGACAAUUAACAAUAAUGUUGGUUACAAUUAGUUUAUCGUUCUAUUUAUUUACAAUUCCAGGCAUGAUUAUGUACUUGAUUGAAAUCUACUCAUUGAAAAGUCGAGACAUAAAUAAAAUCAAACUAAAAUUUAUUUUGGCCCAAUUGUCUGUCAUUGUGUUACAGUUAAAUAAUGCAACAAAUUUUUUAUUUUAUUGUUUUGCCGGUCACCGUUUUCGACAAGCAGCAGUACAAACAUAUUACGGUUAUUCGGCCCUAUCGAAAACUUUCUUUCAUCAUUAUAUUUUACGCAAUAAAGAGUAUGGCUAUGCACGUGCUUAUGGUCAUCCUGUAAGUCAUUCGGCACAGACAGCAUUAACUAAUCGAAGUUCGACUUCUCCAUAUUAUCCUCGAUCACCAUAUAAAACAUCACCACUGUGA